AUGUCGGCGACUACUACUACCACUGCCACCUCUCUGUCGGUCCUGGCCGACUAUGAAUUACACCACAGCGGUGAAGAGCGGUCUACACCUGCUCCAGCUCCAUCCGUGAAUACACCACAACCAGCGGACUGGCCAACUGAUCACCGCCGCAUGCCUGCUUAUCGCCCUGCAAACCAUAACCUCGACUACAACGAGCGAACGGCAGGCACCAGCGCUGGGGAGUACGUGUUUAUUCAAGUCAUGCUGCACGGAGUGUGGCUCAACGCGACUGCGUCGCGUCUAUGGAGAUUUACUGGGGGAAGAGUUAAUGAUAAGAUAUUUCACUAUGAAAUUGGAGGAGAAUGGUAG